AUGAACCUUUGCAUGAACUCAAAACGCACUCAGCUGCGCAUGUGCAUUUUUCAGUCUACAACAACAAUCGCGGUUCGCAGAACUCUGCCCUCUCCACACUCAGUUGAUCACUUCCGUGAUACGGAGAACCAGCGACGGUUGAUUGAUGUGCGAAACUGUGGAUUACCCCAUGGAAGCCUACAUCAAUCUAUGAUUUACGAAUUAGCUCGAUCUGCCAAACCACAAACACAUCAGUUCUCAGAUGAUGGAACCAAAGUAACAAUGUCCGGUAACCCUCCACCAGCAGGCUUCAAUCCCCAGGGUAGACAAUUUCCUAAUCCCAUUGGAUACUACAGUGGUGGCCAAUCCGUGAAUCUGAUGGGCUCGGCGCCUUCACAAAUGGGUGCAAGCUACGGACCAAACUCGGCCUACUACUGCGGACACCCAACGGUCGUGCCCGCACCGAACUUCGAUCCAGGCCAAGAUGCCGACGAGCUGCGCAAGGCGAUGCGCGGACUCGGUACGGACGAGGAUCGCAUCAUCGCUGUGUUGUCAAAGCGAACAUCAGCUCAGCGAAAUGAAAUUGUCAACAAGUAUCGAGCCUCUUUUGGAAAGGACCUGAAGAAGGAUUUGAAGAGCGAGCUGAGUGGCAAAUUCGAGGAUGUUGUCUUGGCGAGCAUCAUGGACUUGCCGACGAUGCUGGCCACGUCGCUGUACAACGCGAUGAAGGGUGCCGGCACGAAGGAGUGGGUGCUGAUUCAGGUGUUGGUGCCCUACUCGAACGCCAUCGUGAAGGCCACUGUUGAAGCCUACCACAAAAGUAACUAUGCACUGUGA